AUGAUUGGAGAGCUUAAGAAACUUGUUGAAGAGGGAAAAAUAAAAUACAUCGGUUUGUCUGAGGCCUCGGCCGCAACAAUCCGGAGAGCACACGCAGUUCAUCCAAUAACAGCUGUGCAGUUGGAGUGGUCAUUAUGGUCAAGAGAUGUCGAGGAAGAAAUAAUUCCAACUUGCAGGGAGCUUGGUAUUGGAAUUGUUGCAUAUAGUCCUCUUGGGCGAGGAUUCUUUUCAUCAGGAACAAAGUUGGUUGAGAACAUGUCACAGGAUGAUUACCGAAAGCAUAUGCCUAGAUUUCAACCUGAAAACCUGCAGCAGAACCAAACUAUAUUUGACAGAGUUAAUGAACUGGCUGCAAAGAAAGGGUGUACUCCAUCUCAGCUUGCACUAGCAUGGCUUCGUCACCAAGGAAAUGAUGUAUGCCCGAUACCCGGAACAACCAAAAUUGAGAACUUGAAUCAAAACAUUGGUGCUUUAUCUGUCAAACUAACACCAGAAGAAAUGACAGAAAUUGAGUCCUUAGCAGAUGCUGUUAGGGGUGAUAGAUAUGCCGAGGGUAGAAAUACAUGGAAGGAUUCCGAUACUCCACCACUCUCUUCAUGGAAAGCUGCAUAA